GGCGGAGGCGCCGAUGCCGCGCUUCGUGGAGCCCAUCCCCAACGCGACGGUGGCGCUCGGCCGCGACAUCUCGCUGCCCUGCGUCGUCGACAACCUGGGCGACUACAAGGUGGCGUGGAUCCACAUGGACCGGCAGAUGAUCCUGACGAUCCACCGGCACGUGAUCGCGCGCGUGCCGCGCUUCAGCGUGUCGCACGACAACCAGAAGACGUGGCUGUUGCACGUGAGCGACGCGCAGCAGGAGGACCGCGGCUCCUACAUGUGCCAGGUCAACACCAACCCCAUGAUCAGCCAGGUCGGCUUCCUCGAGGUCGUAGUGCCACCUACCAUCGUUGACGAAGAGUCGACGCUGUCGACGGUGGCGGUCCGCGAGCACCAGAACCUGACGCUCACCUGCAGGGCGGAGGGCUUCCCCUCGCCCAAGAUCAUGUGGCGCCGCGAAGACGGCCUGCCCAUCACCAUAGACCGCCGCAAGAAGGUGAACGUGCUGGACGGCGAGCAUCUGAACCUGACCCGCAUCUCGCGCACCGAGAUGGGCGCCUACCUGUGCAUCGCCACCAACGGCGUGCCGCCCUCCGUCAGCAAGAGGAUCAUCGUCGACGUCGAGUUCUCGCCGAUGAUCUGGGUGCCGAACCAGCUGGUGGGCGCGCCGGCGGGCACCGACGUCACGCUGGACUGCCACGCCGAGGCGUACCCGCGCGCCAUCAGCUACUGGGUCUACGACAGCGUCAUGCUGCUGCCCACCGGCAAGUACGUCACCGAGUCCCGCGAGGACGCCUACCGCUCCCACAUGCGACUCACCGUGCGCGACCUCGCCGCUCCGGACUUCGGCAACUACCGCUGCAUCUCCAAGAAUUCGCUCGGCGAGACCGAGGGCUCCAUCCGGCUCUACGAAAUUCCUCGAGCAUCGUCCUCGCCGAAAGCUACCGAAGUCCGUAGCGGGUCAGCCAAAGAGGAGAAACCGACGGCGCCGGCGCUGUCUGCGGCGCUGCCGGACGCCAGCCGGGCCCCAGACGCCGGCCGCGCCGCUCCCACAGGCGGCGACAGCAGCCUGGACAAGCGGAAGCGUGUCGCCGCCUCCUCAGAGUCCACCAUCACCGCAGCUGCAGGUGACUGGCGCCAGUCGCAGCCGUCUGGCGCCGCGCUGCUGCUGGGGUCUCCGCUGCUGGCGAUGCUGGCCGUCCGCUGCCUGCACUGAAACAGCACCAUCACCAGCGUUGCGUCACUGCAGGUGUUCCCAGCAAGUCCUGUCUACGAAGUAUAAAUCAACAGAACUUCUAUCUUCGUGCAAUGAUCAAGGAAACCAGAAGUUUACCGCUUACUGUCAUUUUGUGUGUCGUUCUCUUUCCUGUUGUGUAUAA